CUGUAAAGACUCGGAUGGCUGCAGUGCACUUCAUUCCACGUACGUACCUACUUACGGGCAGUCCGAGUGAAUCCUCUCUCAGACCACCCACGCUGUUAAAGGAUAUUUGAUGGUAGAUGUCAGAAGUGGAUACUGCUAAUCGGACUCCCCGCUAUUUUCUGGACUUGCUCCUCUCUACAAAUUUGGACUUUUUCACGCGCUCCAAGUUGGCUCGGUGGCACGAGUCUCCAAUGUGCUCGCAGAUUGUCAACAAGAGGUUUUUUGUUUGUUUGUUUUUUAAAUAUAUAACAUUAGUGGCAGUACAUAGCGGGCCAUUGUGACAACCCCGGUUGGUGCGAUGUGGCAGACUUGUUUGAAAGCAUUCAGUGCCGAGGUCAGGACUUUGGCUUCACAGAGUCGGACUUUGUAACAAGGCAAAUCUGUGUGCAUUGUAAGUGUCGCUGGGAGGAGCAUGCAGUGACUGCCAUGCCUGUGGAAAUGGAGAAGACGGUCACCAAGCUGAUGUACGAUUUCCAAAGGAACUCUACUUCAGACGAUGACUCUGGAUGUGCCCUGGAGGAGUACGCCUGGGUGCCACCAGGACUCAAACCUGAACAGGUCCACCAAUACUACAGCUCCCUCCCCGAGGACAAAGUGCCCUAUGUUAACAGCCCGGGAGAGAAAUACAGAAUCAAACAGCUCCUCCAUCAGCUGCCGCCCCACGACAACGAGGUGCGCUAUUGCAACAGUUUGGAUGAUGAGGAGAAGCGGGAGCUGAAGCUCUUCAGUAACCAGCGGAAACGGGAAAACCUCGGCCGUGGCAAUGUGCGCCCUUUCCCGGUGACAAUGACGGGGGCCAUCUGUGAACAGUGCGGCGGCCAGAUAAAUGGUGGCGACAUCGCUGUGUUUGCAUCACGUGCUGGCCACGCCUUGUGUUGGCACCCAGCUUGCUUCGUGUGCAGCAUGUGCAAUGAGCUGCUGGUGGACCUCAUCUACUUUUACCAGGACGGGAAAAUCUACUGCGGCCGGCACCAUGCGGAGAGGCUGAAGCCGCGUUGCACAGCUUGUGAUGAGAUCAUCUUGGCAGACGAGUGCACUGAAGCAGAGGGCCGUCACUGGCACAUGAAGCACUUCUGCUGUUUCGAGUGCGAGACUAUGCUCGGGGGCCAGCGCUAUAUCAUGAAGGAGGGAAGACCGUACUGCUGCUCCUGCUUUGAAUCUCUCUAUGCAGAGUACUGCGAUUCCUGUGGAGAACAUAUUGGGAUUGACCAGGGGCAGAUGACGUAUGAUGGGCAGCACUGGCACGCCUCGGAGGGUUGCUUUUGUUGUGCCCGCUGUAAACGUUCCCUGCUGGGUCGCCCCUUCCUGCCCAAGCAGGGCCAAAUCUUCUGCUCCCGUUCUUGCAGUCUGGGUGAGGAGCCCAAUGGCUCGGACUCCUCAGAUUCUGCUUUUCAAAGCGCUCGCUCCACCAGAGAGUCCAGACGCAGCUCCAAGGCAACAAAGAGUGUUGGCGGAGGGCAGACAGAGACAUUAUCAGGCGAGGAGGACCCGUUGUCUUUACAAAUGGACCUACUGAGUCUCUCCAGCCAAACCCCCAGCCUGACACGUGAGCCACCAGCCUGGCAGAACCAGAAGCAAGUUACUGAUGGUUACAAAUUUGAAUCCCAACUUGAACUGACCCUGAACCCCACCCCUCUGCAGCUCCUCAGUCAGUGCAAUGUCAGAACGUCUUGCAACCUCCCACGCACUGGGCAGCAACACCAGGACCACAGGGUCAAGGAGACUGGUGGUCUAAAGAGGCCACCAAUCUCUGCACUUAAGGGUCACUCUCUGAAUGACACGUGGUUCCAACAGUCAUCUCCAGAUGAUUACUGUCCCCCAAAGCUAAGAACACAGAAAAGUUUCACUGAGGUAUCUCAGCUCUCUCUGCAUAACGUUGGCUUUUCCGUAGACAAGCGCUCGAUCAGUCUGCAUGGAUUCCAGAGGGACAGAGAUGCAGGUCCUUCAAUUGCAACCCAGGUGGCUAGAAGCAGGAACCCCAUCAAUGCACUUAAUUUCACUGAGCAACUGACCCCGCUACAGCAAACCCCAAGAGGAUCCAUGGAGUCCUUGGCCCUAUCCAAGACUCAAGGUAACACGGCCGAAGGAGAUGGGAAGCGACAAGAACACCUGUCUCAUUUCUCCAUGCCUGAUUUGAGCAAAGACUCUGGAAUGAACGUCUCAGAAAAAAACAUAGACGCCCUUAAGUCCUCAGUUCAAUUCCGAAGCUCCGACUCCCUUCACAGUGUCAAUGGUGGUCAGCCCUACAUGGAAAUAAAUCCCUCCGGGUCCUCUCAGUACCAGUUGCAGUUUUGUGAUCCCUCCACUGUGGCUGCGGGGAGGAUCACGGCUCAUUUACCACCCGGAUUCACCUACCAGGAGGAAGACAAGUUGGGUUUGGUGAGCAGUGCCAAUGCUGCCCGCCUGCCACCUAUAAGUGAGCGCAGGGUGAGUAGUGGUGCCGGGGGAGGCGCAAGAGGAGCAAGCGUCAGGAUUGAAGUACCAGAGGAAGCUCCUCAGAGACGCAGACACCACCACCACCACCACCGCUCCAGACGAUCCCAGCGUUCCCGCUCAGAAAACGCUCUCAACUUGGUUGCAGAGUGCAGGGUGAGACCUCACGAAAGAACACCACAUAAUGUGCGAGAGGAUUACGAUCGCUUCCCUCCCCCAAGGAGUUCCAGGGACCAGUUUAGAGUCGGAGGAGGAGGGAGAUACCAUCCUCAACUAUUUCGGCAGUGCCCCAGGACCACAUCUGACUUAACGCUCCAAAACCCCGGGGCUGGCCGGCGUAUGGGUAUGAAUCGAUACUCUUGGGAUGACUAUGAUGACGACUGGUGCUCCACUUGCUCUUCUUCAUCAGAAUCAGAGGACGAAGGUUACUUUCUUGGGGAGCCGAUACCACGACCCCUCCAGAUGCGCUACCUCAGCAAUCAGGAACUCGUCCACAAAUACAGCACGGGAAUGGGAGGAGCAAACCGCAGUGCACAGUUAACCACACAUAAACGGCGAAAAAGCAAAAACUGCAUUAUUUCGUAACAUUUUCGCAUCUGCUACAGUAUCAACUAAUAAUCUCCAACUGGAGAAUGAGUGGACUAAGGCCCACUGUAUUGUUCAUCAAUAGUCCUCAUCAAACUGUGGUUGUAAAAACACAGCAAUGUUUGCAUGUUUUUGUAAUUUUUUCCUGUCUAAUGCAGUGCUCUUUCAAUGUUUUUCCCCCCAAAAAGAUGAUGUGCAAUUUUUUUAGAUGGAGGUAUUCGGUUUGGUACAGUUUAACUUUUCAUGGUGUGAUGUUUUAGAAUAGGAUGUGCUGUUCCAUUGGGUUCAUACUAUGUACAUAGAUAAUUGAACUAAUAAUUUUACUUAAGUUAAGGACAUCAGUGUAAAUAAUAAAUAAAUAGGGUGUAAGUGAGUCCUCAUAUUUUUAUAUUUUGUAUGGAUAGAAUCGCUUAUGUAUUAAAUAUGUAUCACGUACAGUAGAUGAUACCAAAAUAUGCACGUGUGGCUUGGCAGACCUGGUCCUUCAUUUGGAAUGAAGGAUUAUUUCAGCGAUUUAAUUCAGAUGACAGCUUGUGUCCAUCUCUAGAGAGCGUGUUAAAAAAAAAAAAAAACGCACAUCUGUUCACUGUAACGCUUGCCUACAUGUUUGGUGCAUACAUGAAUAAUGGAGUGGAGUUUGAAGUAGAGUUGAAUUUGUAAUUCGGUAUGUGCAAGAUGGCAGCUACAUGUAUUUUAAACAUAGAAUCCGGUUUAAGGCCAUCACUGAAGAAAUAGAGCAGACUGAUUUUGUAGUAUAAUUUGCAUAGUUGGCAAACUCAGUCUUAAUAAGUAACGUUUUUUUCUGCCAGGUCUCCCUCUACAGUCAUAAAUGACUUUACUGAGGCUGAACAAGCCAAGCCAAUGGAUCUUCCUGCGAAACUCUAUAAAACUGUUAUAACAUCCUGUUUUGAAAUAAAAAUUGACUGAUGAUUUGACUGCGCUAGAAAGUUUGUAAAGGUAUAAGGCUUAUACUAUAAGCAUCGCACACACCUCAACAGUGAUGUAAUUGAUCCAACACACUGAAACAAGUGUGUCACAAUGAUCAUCAAGCCAAAGCACAUACAGUAUAAUCACAGCAAAUUACAGCCACACACACACCUCAGGGAAUCAGGUAUAAUGCAGGAGUCCGAGAAUGCCUGUCAGGGUUCGCACGUGGCCUUAAAAGUCCCUAAAAACCCCUAAAUUUUCGAAGGUGCAUUUAGGGGCUCCUAAAAGUCCUUAAAAUCCGCGAAAACCGCUCAAGCCCCUAAAAAGGCCUUAAAUUUAAAAAAAAAAUCAAAGGGAGGACCUCUACCACCAAAAUUCUCCCUAAAAAAUAAAUUUAUUUUAUUUUUUUUAAAAAUAGCGAUCCGUCUGGCGUCCAAAUCAGCCGGAAAUUGUCAACGGAAGUCACCGUGUUGACAACUAGUCGCCAUCUUGUCGAUAUUCCAUUGUUUGUUUGCGUGAGUAGGCAUUUCACUUCGUCUUCGUUACGACGUAGCGUAGUUCUUUCAUCGAUCCAACUUGUAUCACGGGGAAGUGCAUUUUUCAAGAAGCUUGGGUUGAAAGUAAGGAGUUUGGAAGCUGGGUUUGUCGAGAUCCAAAAGAUCGGCACAUGUUUUACUGCCAUCUGUGCAAGCAGAGUUACCAGCUCGAAAAGAUGGGCGUCAAAGCGCUGGAGUCGGACCGGAAAAAUAGGAGACACGCUGAUUUGGCGAAGACUCUCUCAUCUUCCGUUGGUAUGAAUCUGUUUCUAAAAUAUCAAGAUAGUGAAGCAUCAACUUCAGGCAGUGGUACUAGCAGUGCAUGCGGACUAAGGAUUGCAAAAAAACGCUUACUUUCAUAACCGGUUUUAACCGAACAGCUGUAGCAAAAAAACAAUUAACCGGUUUUAAAACCGGUACCAUUGUGGUGUUUACAUAAUUCACCCGCGGGACCUCGACUUGGGGUGCAGGGUUCCGCACGGACUGUUUUUGUUGUUGCUCUUCCGGAGUGACGAGUUCACAGAGUUCCCCCUGUUAUGCGAGUAGUGUUUUGAUGUCUGCCAAUA